AUGCGUUUGAUUGAGGUUAAAGAAAGAGCCAGAGUUUCCGAGGAACAAAAAAGAAUUCAAUCAUCGGAGAGUGGUGCACGUGAAGAAGAGGUUCUGGCGUGAAAACACGAUGUAAGUAGACUUGCUACUGACUACUGUAUUUUGUUAUACUACAACUGUAAGCUUGAAUGGGCUUGCUUUCUGGUUUUUAUUUUUUAUUUCUACUCAAGCUUAUUAACAAUUAUUCCUCUGCAUCAAUAGCCCAUCAGGCAGAAGGCCGAAUGGGCUAUUGACUCGGAGGCCAUGAGGGUGAGAGGAAUAAUUAUUGAUUUAGUAAAAUCCAACGAGUUGGUCAAAAAUAUCGAGACAAAACAAGUUUAGCUAACAAAAGGCGAUUCAGCCGCGAUUGUUUUGGUUUUCGAAGCCAGUGCUUUUCACUUCUAGUGAGCGAUAACAUAUAGCUUAGUAGUAGCUCAACCAAUCAGAACCCAGAAUUGAUAAUAGACCACUAGCUGGAUUUUGCUAAAUAUACAUACAGCUAUUUCGAGAAAGGUUGUCGCAAAAAGUGCACGCGACAAUCCCCUGUUUUUUUUACUUUAUUAAUCCGCAAAGGCGGUAACCAUCGCGCGGAUACGUUCUUCGAAGAAAUGUGAAAGAAUGGCACGAGAGGUCUUGGACGUCUGUUUGUGAUUACUAAAACAAAGCAACAAAAGUAGGUUCAACAGCUCAGUACGUCAGGAAUAGUGUAUUGACCAACAUCCCAUAUUACCUUUUGGGAUUGUCACAUGCACAUUUUUUCCGACAACCUUUCUUGAAAUAGCUGUAUACCUAGCCUGCGGGAACAUCCAGUGUUUUAGAAGCGACGACCGCAAAUACAUUGGCCUUUUACUUUUAGGGGACCGUAGCUUUAUAGAGGAAAACGCUUACUGAAUGCAUGAGCAAAAUGACGAGUUUAUGCAAGAAUGUGACGAAUUUAUAUGCCAAAUGUAAAAUGUGGAAUGAGAAAAAAAACAUGAAUUUAUUUUAGUUGUUUUCUGCAUUAUUCUUGAAUCUAUUGUGAAUCUAUGGUAAAUUGCCUAAAAUCCCAAAAAUUAGAAAGAAAUGUCCCGACUGUGACACUCAUGGUUCGUGGCUAAAAGAUGCUUUCAAGAAUGACCAGUAUUUGCACUUCAUUUGUUCUUUUUUGUCGAACUGAUAUGACAUUAUUUUUUUUGUCAUUUUAAACUUGUCAUUUUGCUUGUGCCCUUUCUUGUUUUCCUCUUCUAAGCUAUGGUCCCCUAAAAGUAACGAAAGCCAAUACUUCUGCGGUUCUCAGGUUAACAUAAUAACAAGCACUCUAAAUUUGAGAUUUCUUAUUUUAAGAAAAAAACUUAAAACAAAUCAUAGAAUAAGAUUUUGUUCUCGCAAGUUCAAACUGCCUGUUUAUUAUCAUAUGAUUAUAGAUUUUGUUUUAAAUUUUCUUGUAAAAUAAGAAAACUUAUUCUUAAAUUGAGAGAUUUGGAGCAAUCUUAAAUUUAAAGUGAAGUCCUUUGACUUGACUUGAGUUUUAAGUUUCCAGUAUACCACAGGAAAGCCAAGUUCGGUGUAUAAAUAAUAAUAAUAACUAGGAGUAAUCAGAGCUUAGGAGAGUGCGUUCGAUAUGUGUUUGUUAGGCAUACAGGUAGCAGUUGAGGGGAGGGAUGGAUGGUUGUUGCGAUGAUCAUGGCCUAUUUUAAAUGUAAGGAUUGCUUUUAGCAAAACCUCCAUUCAAACAGUAAAUCAUUAUGAAAAAGUCUUGAAGGCUAGUAAUAUCGUAUGGUUCAUCUCAACAAGUGCUGUAAUUUGGUCGACUGUGUUGAUUUCAGUGACUUGAGUGAAGCUACUGUAGGCUGUUUAUAAGUUUUUCCAAAUAAAUAACAUAGACCUCAGAUGUUCAUUUGUCUGGUGCCGAAAAUAUCACAAGUCACGUUGAAAUGGCGCCGUCGAGCUUGACAUCUUAGUAGAUUUACUCUGUGGCACAACGGCGACCGAGCUUCACAACUCGGUAGAUUUACUUUCUAGCACAUCGGCUGCCAAGCUACACAACUCGGUAGAUUUACUUUGUGGCACAACAUCUGCCAAGCUACACAACGGUAAAUGCUUGUUUCCAUCUCAUACUGCCCUUGGAGAGAAGGUGGGAGGGGGUGUGGGGGAGAACUAUUUGCCACAAGAAAGUUCAACAGUCCUUUCAAAAAGUUCAAAACUUGCCUGAGCUCCCCCAAUAACACCUGUUGUACAGGCAACUUCUCUCUGGGCAAGGUUGUGAUUUUUCCCUUUGCCCCCAUCUGGUAUCCCAACCCCCCUUCGAGGUAAUUCCCUUAAGUCCCUUAUACACCUUUUGCUACAAGAAAAAUUUACCCCUUGCACAUACCUACUUAACUUAUCCUUGGCAUGAAGAUAUCACUGAUAGUAAGAGUAAGUCUCCUUAUCCUUCACCCCAAUCCUUUUUAUUCAAAAUUGGACUAGCACAAAAUAUUUUGUACCAGUUUAAUAUAUUCUGUACUGGUACAAAAACAAAUUGUACCAAAGUGCAAACUGAACUACAACACUUACACCUGAAGCCCCCUGCUUCCUUUGAAAACUGAUUCACAAAUCAAAAUAUAGAUACUUAACUCACUUCACAGUAAUACAUGAUCAGUGGGGCUAUUGUCUUCAAAUAAGAGAUUUUCAAAAGUAAUCAGGAAAAAGACCACAGAGUUUUUUAUUCAUAUAUCAGAGAGAAACUGUACUUACUAGAGGUUUUUCAAUCAGACCCAUUAGCGUCUUCACACAAAGUUAUGUGGGAGGACCAAACUAUACAAUUUGAUGGCAUGCCAUAUUUUGUACUUGGCCAGAAGAUUUUUGACUGUCGAAAUGGAAAAGAUAGAAAGGAAGCAUGCAGGAAACAGAAAGUAAGUAAAAGUAAGUAA